GAAAGUUUAUGUUUACAUCUUCUUGUCAGCUCUCAUUGGCAAUUAUAUUCUUCACUUUCAUUGAAAAUUUUUAAUAAUAAUUAUAAAUUGACACGGACGGACUUAGCCACAUUUCCAGUAUUCAAUACUAAGUUUGCAGGUUCAAUAAUAAAUAUACAGUGAACUAUCCCAAUAUUAAGAAAAUAUAAAUUAAUACAAGUACACUUAUUCUUGAAACAAUCCAAUGGAAGUAAAACAGGAACCAAGUGAUCUUUCGAAAGAGUACAUGAUUCGACAAGAUAAUAUUGAAUUUUCUGUUAUUGGAUUUCCAUAUUCGGUGAAAAAUGAGAUAUCAGAAGAUUUAUUUAAGGCAGAUUUACCUAAUACAGAUACAAAUAAGUAUUUUGAUGAUAGCAACACUUUCGACAAAGUAUGCAUGGAAGUUGGUGUUGAAGAUAUUAAACUAGAGGAGCAGAAUAAGACUGAAAAAAUAAACGUCAAAAAUGGUAUUGUAAUAAAAGAUGAAAUUAAGGAAGAGUUUAAUGAAUAUGGGCAAAUACAUAUAGAGAAUCAAUUUGUUUUUGAAGACUUGAAGGAUGAACCAGGAGGAGGAUAUUAUUCAGGUAAUUCGAGGAAAAAUAUUGGUGGGCGCCCAAAGAAGUACCAAAACGAAGAAGAAAGAAAAGCUGCUAGCAAAGAACGAGCUAGACGACGUCGGGCAAACCAAUCUGAUGAGGAUCGAGCAAAGGAGGCAACAUAUAAACGUCAAUAUCGAGCAAAAAUCAAGAAAAAUGAAGUAGAAGAUCGUGCAAGGCGUCAACAGAAUGCCGAGUCUCGCCGAAAGCAACGCGCCAAAGCCAGCACAGAACAAGUCAUGGCAAGACGCAUGCGGGAUGCUGCAGCCCAGCGUCUACGGCGUGCAAAUGAAAGUAAAGAGAAGGCUGAAGAAAGACGGAAGCGUGAUGCUGAAGCACGUCGUUUGCGCCGGAGACUCAUCAUUAACUGUGAAGGUGAAACAUACGAGAAUGCUUACUGGUGA